UGCCCCCCAACCUAGCCAUGACUAGAAAGAAGGUGAAGCUUGCAUAUAUCUGUAAUGAUUCUGCAAGGAAAGCCACCUUCAAGAAAAGGAAGAAGGGCCUAAUGAAGAAGGUGAGCGAGUUAAGCACCCUUUGUGGUGUUGAUGCUUGUGCUAUCGUUUAUAGCCCUUAUGACUCUCAACCUGAGGUUUGGCCCUCUCCUCUAGGGGUCCAAAGAGUGGUUACUAAGUUCAAAACCAUGCCAGAAAUCGAGCAAGGUAAGAAAAUGGUGAAUCAAGAGAGUUUCUUGAGACAAAGGAUCACCAAAUCCUGUGAUCACAUCAAGAAACAGCGGAAGGACAACCGUGAGAAGGAGGUCACCCAUGCUAUGUUCCACUGCCUGGGUGGAAAUGUUAGCUUGGGUAACCUGCAUAUGAUGGACUUGAAUGACCUUGGAUGGAUGAUUGACCAUAGCUUGAGGGACAUCGACAUGACCCUAAACAAUGGGAGUGGCAGUGGCACUGGCCAUACCUCUCAAUUGGAAGCAGCUGCAACCACUGGGGCUGGACCUAGCAGUGCUACAGAGCAAGCGCCGGAGUCAUCUCAGAUGGUUACUAAUGAUUUUGAGGUUAAUGUGGGUGCCAUGCAGAGGCAGGAAUGGUUCAUGGACUUGAUGACCCCUCAAGAGCAUAUGGGGUUUGGCGGGGAAGACAUGGUGCUGCCUUCUGGGGAUAACAGCCAGAAUGGACUUUGGACCAAUUCAUUUUUCCCUUGAAAUGGUUAAUUAAUUUGCUUGCUUAAUUAUGAAUUGUCUUUAAUUUCCUGAGCUUUUUUAGCUAUUGU